AAUUGCUUCAUGCUUGGCUUCUUCAUUUAUUUGUCUUUCUCUCUAAUCUUUUUUGGUUCUUUGAGAUCGGCGGUAUCCUUCCGACACUACCAUUUCGAAUUAUCAUUUCUUUUCUUUCUCUACUUUAUUUAUUAAUUUCAUGCAAUUAUAAUUAUAAAUAAAUAAAUAAAUUCCUCUAAACCUGUCUUUUCUUCCUCUUUCUUCUCUCUCCUCAGUCCUCCCUUGGAUUUUAUCCAUCAUUCAUAAAAUUCCUUCGUUUAAUCCUAAAAACAACACUAUUUCUACAACCCAAUCUCUCUUAUAUCAAUUCAAGAUUUCCCUUUUUUCCAAUUUUUUCUUACCCUUUUCUUGGGAUUUCUGUUUCUUUCUAAUAUUAACAGCAACUUGGGUUGGGAUUUCCAGGUCACAAAUGUUGUUUCCGUAAUUGUAGAGUUCAAUUGCUUAAUUAAUGUUAAUUGAAUUUAAUUUGGGUUUAAAGAAAAGAGGGUGUUGGAGGUUGUUGUUGUGUUAGUCUGGCUGCAGUGUGUGUGAUUGGUUUAGCUAGAGAUGGCGGAUGUCCGGCCAUUGCAGCAAAAGUCUGAGAGCCCUAGUGAUGCUCGGGCUGAAUUUGAGCGUGGAUUAGAGCAGCUUAUGCGUGGGCAUUUGGAUGAUUGUAUUUCCUUCACCUCGUGUAGCUCAACUCGUAACACGGAGGAUGAAGACGAGGAGGGUGAUCAGCUUGUGCGCAGGAGGCGAAGUUCUGAUCUUGAAGGGGAUUAUCUAGCCGAGUCAUCUGCUGCUAGGAGACGACACUCGAGGAUUUUGAGUCGUUGGGCUGCUAGGCAAGCACAAGAAAUGAUUACCACUAUGGAGAGGCGGAACCGGGAAUCUGAGUUGAUGGCUCUUGCUGGUUUACAUCCUGUUUCCAUGCUUGAUUAUUCUUUUCUAAGGGAAUCUCAAUCUCCUACUUCACGAAGACAAGGAGCCGUUGAAAGGCCCAACACUAGGGCUUCUUCCAUCUUGCAAAUGUGGAGAGAGUUAGAUGAUGAGCAUGUGUUAAGCCGUGCUAGAGAGCGAGUCAGAGAGAGGCUUAGGCAUGACAGGAGUGUUGACAGCAAUACUGAUGUCUCAACCAUAACUAUGUCGGAAAUCAGGGCGGGAGAAAAUCAGGGCAGUGUAGAGGAUGUAAGUGAGAGUGAACCUGAUUUUGGAACUUGGUCUCAUGGUCAGAUGGAAACGCACAGUGAAAAUGGGGAUCAUACCCACUCUAGCAGAGAGCAAUCUCCUGAUGUUGGUGAAGUUGAGAGAGAGAGGGUGAGGCAAAUUGUGCGCGGAUGGGUGGAGACUGGCAUAAAUGACCACUCUUCUGAUGCUCCACGGAGGGAUAACAAUCCUAGAGAAGAGUGGCUUGGUGAGACCGAGCGUGAACGGGUGAGACUUGUGAGAGAGUGGGUGCAUAUGGCGAGUCAGCAAAGAGCACGUGGAGGACGGAGGGAAGAUCCACAUGCUGGAUUAGGUACUGAGGUAGGUCAAGAUCAUGUCGGCCUUGUUCGAAGAGAUAUGUUGAGGUUUCGUGGGCGCCAGGCUUUGAUCGACCUGCUAAUGAGGAUAGAACGUGAAAGACAGAGGGAGCUUCAGGGUUUAUUAGAGCAUCGGGCUGUUUCGGAUUUUGCUCAUCGUAAUCGCAUUCAGUCAUUAUUGAGAGGUAGAUUUUUAAGAACGGAAAGAACAGCCGAGGAUGAAAGGCCACCAUCAGUGGCUGCAAAUGAACUAGAUCAGUUGAGACAACGAAACACUGUUACUGGUUUGAGGGAUGGUUUUCGCUCUAGACUAGACACUAUUGUGCAUGGUCAAGCAAGCAGCAACUCUGACACCUCAUCUAGUGAUCCAGGAAGUGAUUUUUCUAAUAAUUUGGCUGAGCAUGACAUCCCAAUGGAGGUUCAACUUUGGAAUUCUGAACAAUUGCAGUCUAGGAAUCAGGUUAACGGGGUUAACGAAUUUACAAAUAACACUAUAAAUGUGGCUGUUAAUGUGUCUGCUGAUGUUAUAACUCGGGAAGAAGAAGCCAUUCAGAGGGGGAAUGGGCCCGAACAGGUCACUGCAAAUGAACGAAUAAACUUGCCUCAGUUGAACUUUGCAGAGCUUGAUCCAUGGAGAGAAAACACACAACCUAAUAUGGUUAGUGACUGGCAGGAAAUUUCAGGGAAUACUUGGCAGCGGAGAGCUCAUGGGAAUCAUGAGGAGGAAGGGACUAGUUUACCUAGUCAACCAACUUGGCCUGGCAAUACUUCUCGAGCAUCACUGGGGAAUUGGGCAAGAGGGCCUGCUAAUAUUUCACAUAAUCGACGUAGCAUUCCAAUUCGACGAGCGAGUAGAUUUCAGCCUCCUGACGAUGAUAAUGUGUACAGUAUGGAGCUUCGUGAGCUGCUUGGCAGGAGGAGUGUUUCAACUCUCUUGCGUAGUGGUUUUCGUGAAAGCUUGGACCAAUUGAUUCAGUCUUACGUGGAAAGGCAAGGUCGUGCUCCGAUUGACUGGGAACAUCACAGAAACUUGCCCACUUCUGCUACUCCACGGCAUGACCAAGAGCGGCUUGAAGAACCAACUGUCAGUGAUACAGUCAAUAGACCUCUUGUUCUUUCAUCUCCACCAGCACCGCCGCCGCUUCCCAUCUGGCAACAGGAUCUACAUCAUGCUAAUUGGUCUCGUCAUGGGAUGAAUCGUUCGGAGCUGGAGUGGGAAAUGAUGAAUGAUUUGCGAUCUGAUGUUGCCAGGCUGCAGCAAGGUAUGAACAACAUGCAGAGGAUGUUAGAAGCUUGCAUGGACAUGCAAGUGGAGUUGCAGCGUUCUGUUCGGCAAGAGGUUUCUGCAGCUCUGAAUCGAUCUGCUGGUGGAAAAGGUGUUGAGACAUCAGAGGAUGGUUCGAGAUGGGGACAUGUGAGGAAAGGGACAUGUUGUGUUUGUUGUGACAACCAUAUUGAUUCUCUAUUGUACAGAUGUGGGCACAUGUGCACUUGUUUGAAGUGCGCAAAUGAGUUGGUUCGUGGUGGAGGAAAGUGCCCGUUGUGCAGGGCACCAAUUGUUGAAGUCAUAAGAGCUUAUUCAAUACUGUAAAUGGUGAAUUGUGAUUGAUGAAUAUUUUGUAUGGGUCGGGGUCCGGGUCGGGGACAAAAAGGAAAUAGGAAAAGGAUAGCCCUGAGUGAAGAGUAGAGGGUAGUGAUUGUCAGCCAUUACAUUGCACACUGAAUAGCUCUCCUGGGCUCCCUCAUCCAGUUGCCUCAUUCAUAUGUUGAGUCCAUUUUGUGGUGUAUAGUAUAAUAAAUAAUUUGGGUUAAUACAUGGCAUCUUGAUGUUUCCGUUUUGUGGUGUAUAGUAUAAUAUAUAAUAUAUUUGCACUCAAUUUUCAUUUAAUAUUUGAUUCUCACGUAAUCCUUUUUUUUCCAGUCUGCUCAAAGAUUGUGUCACUUGUGUUGUAAUAUUGU